GCCAGCCAGGAAGGAGGAGGCAGCCAGAGUGGCCACCACUGCUCUCUGCAGCAGAAGACCCCUUGCUGCCCUGCUGAACCCAGCAUUUGCCAGGAUCUGCGAUCGGCUGGAGGCUUCCCCUCUCUCUCCCCCCCCCUCCAUAUCUUGCCGCGAAACCAAGCGAAGAGGAGGCAGCUGGACGCGGAGGAGGGAAAGCGCCUGCCCCAGAGAUCCCGUCGGAGCCCAGGGCAGGGCAAACCCCGGCCCGAGGUCGCUUUUGUCUGCAAAAGGGUCUCUGGAAGUGCUUCCUAGCCGCAGGUCGCAGGAGACGCCUCGAUUUCGCCUCGCUCUCCCUCCGCCCCCAACUUUUGCUCAGCGCGGGGCUCGAACCGGCGGCCGGCAAGCAAAGUUUGCAGAGCGCGCCGAGCCCGGGGUCGGUGUUUUUCCUCGCCUCUCCCUCCGCCGCCGCCUCUCCCGGAUGUUCCUUGCGCCAGAGCCAAGCCAGGGCACCUGGUCCAGCAUCGCCCGCAAGCUCUGGAUGUGGUCUAGGUGUUGUGGGGAGCUGGGGGGGCUGAGGAGGCGCCUUCUCCUCCUCCCCCUCCCACCCCCUGGGCUGGCAAGAAACUAGCCAUGGCCAAGAGGUUGCCAGCCUGGAGUGAUGGAGUGAGACUUUGAAGGGCAAGGGAUGAACAACAGCCGCCUCUGACUCCUAAGGAGAAGCCGCCGUGAUUUCUGCCCCCCGCUGCCCCGCCUGGAACUUCGCUAUGGGUGCUCCGGAGAUUGCCCCUUUGGUCUUCAGCCUGCUUUGGGGAGCUUUGCUGUGCAGAGUGACAAUGGGCCGUGGGACCUUGGAAAACGUACAGAAAUUUUCCUCACUACCAACAUAUCUACCUGUAAGGUAUCGGAUCUUCGGUGCCGAGUCAGCUUUUUUCCUCAAAGAAGCCAACCAGGACUUCAUGAGAAACUCAAGCUUGCAAUCUCGGAUGGAAACCUUCUUUACUUAUAAAGCCAAGAAGACACCAGUCAUCAAUGCUAGCUAUGGGCCAUACUCUGUGGAGCAUGCUGUGCCCCAAGACCUGCUGUUAACUUCAAACCUUUUUGGCUCUACCAACAAGUUUACAUUCAACUGGAAGCUAAAAACCUACAUCAUGAGUGAAAAAGUCUACCUGAGCAGGCCCAAAGUCCAGAUUCUCUUCUACAUUGUGGGACGAGACUGGGAUGAUUAUAGUACUACAGAACAACUGCCUUGCAUGAGGGUCUUUGCUUUCCGGGAAACACGGGAGGUUCGGGGCAGCUGCAAGUUAAAGGGUGAUCUUGGCUUGUGUGUGGCUGACCUGGAGCUCCAGCCCUCUUGGUUUAACCCAUCGACAGUCAUCACCGGUCGCAAGAAAGCAGCUGAUCCGUCUGAAGGGAGCUCUGUAGAGCUCUAUUACACCAUACAGCCUGAAGACGAAAAAGGGGAGUGUUCUACUGAUGAUGGAAGGAAAGGCAACGCCAUCCGGCCAGGGAAGGAAGGGGCGGGAGAAACCAUGUCCCAUUUGCAGAGGAUUGGUUCCGUCAGUCUCUAUCGGAUGCCAGAGAGCUCUCCGCUGACAGAGCUGUGGUUGGACAGCAACGUGGUCAUCUGGCUGCCAUCGAAACCCAUCAGACAAGGGGAAGUUGUGAGUGCAUCCGUGACCGUCGCCAACAACAUCACGGUGGAUCAAUUCAUUCUGAGGGCAAAGGUGAAGAAAGGUGUGAAUAUCCUGAGUGCAAAGGCAAGCGACCCACGCCAAUGGGAUGUCACGCAGGAGGUGGGCAAUGGAGGGAAACAUUCAACCACAACCGUGAUAUGCCAGAGGGUUUUACAGAGUCCGAAAGGAAGAAGUAACAGCAACACAUUCAGCGAGGUGGUGAGGUUGAGCUUUGAGAUCGCCAGCUUCAGCAGCCUUUCUGGGACGCAGUCCAUCACCUGGCAGGUGGAAUAUCCCCACAAGAGGACAACAGACACGGCCCUCUCGGAAAUCUUCAUUUGCCAGAAGGAUCUCGUGGGCAUCGUGCCGCUGGCGAUGGACACCGAGAUCCUGAACACUGCAAUCCUCACAGGGAAGACAGUUGCUGUUCCCAUCAAGGUGGUUUCCAUUGAAGAGAACAGUGCUGUGACCGACAUCUCAGAAUCUGUGGAAUGCAAAUCUGCUGCUGAGGACGUUGUUAAAGUGUCUGAACGGUGCGACUAUGUUUUUGUCAACGGCAAGGAAAUGAAAGGCAAGGUGAAUGCCCUGGUGAACUUCACGUACCAGUACUUGAGUGCUCCCCUGCAAGUCACAGUGUGGGUGCCACGUCUGCCUCUUCAGAUCGAAGUUUCUGACACGGAGCUGAGCCAAAUUAAAGGCUGGAGGGUUCCGAUUGUUUCCAACAAGAGGCCAACCAGGGACAGCGAUGAUGAGGAUGAAGAUGAACGGAAGGGGAGAGGCUGCACCCUCCAAUAUCAGCAUGCCAUGGUGCGGGUUCUCACCCAGUUCGUCGCCGAAGACACCAACCCGUGGGGACAGCUAACCUACUUGUUGGGCUCCGAUUGGCAGUUUGACAUCACAGAUCUAGUGACGGACUUCAUGAAGCUUGAGGAGCCCCAUGUGGCCCAGCUGCAGGGCGGGAAGAUUCUGAUUGGACGGGAGGUCGGCAUGACUAUGGUCCAGGUCUUGUCUCCGCUAUCUGACUCCAUCUUGGCAGAGAAGACCGUGACGGUCUUGGAUGACAAGGUGACCAUCACAGAUAUGGGGGUCCAGCUGGUGGCAGGCUUGUUGCUUUUCCUUCAACCCAGCACGGCAAGUAACCGAGCAAUUGUGGCUACCACCGUAGCUCAGGAGCUGCUCCAUACUCCCAAGCAGGAGGCCAUGGUAAGCGCCUGGAUACAGUUCAGCGAUGGGUCUGUAACCCCACUGGACAUUUAUGACUCCAAAGACUUCUCCCUCUCGGCUUCAUCACUGGACGAGUCUGUUGUUUCAGCCCAUCAGAGCUCUGCUCUGAAAUGGCCAGUGGUGACUGCAGAAGGUGAAGGACAAGGUGCUUUGGUUAAAGUGGACAUGAUGAUCUCUGACGCCUGCCAGAAGUCCAAGAGGAGGAGCAUCCUGGCUGUGGGCAAUGGCAGCAUCAAGGUGAAGUUUGGGCAGAAUGACGCCAACUCCCAUGGCGUCAGUGACUACGAUGCCGAUGAGAUUGAAAACCAUGCGAGCGAUCGGAGGCAGAAGGCAUUGGACCAAGAGCGGUAUGGCCAAGAGGGACGCUACUACGGAAGCUCAUCUGCGGAACGAGAAGAAGGAGCCGUACGGAAAGCUAGCACCACGGCCAAGUCGAUGAUCAAAAGCAAGGUGUUAAAAAACAACCUAGACGGAGAGAAACUCUCUGAUGAUGGGCAGCUGCAAAACAUCCCCAUAGAUUUCACCAACUUCCCAGCUCAAAUUGACCUCCCCAAAAGCAACGGGGACUUGGAGGAGAAUGACCUCGUGCUGGCACCCAGGGGGCUCAGUGACUUGGAGAUUGGGAUGUAUGCUCUGUUAGGAGUCUUCUGCCUUGCCAUCCUUGUCUUCCUGAUCAAUUGUGCCACUUUCACAUUGAAAUAUCGGCACAAGCAAGUCCCGUCAGAAGGGCAGACAUCCAUGAGCCACUCCCACGACUGGGUGUGGCUCGGGAACGAAACGGAGCUUCUGGAGAACCAAGUGGACGUCUCACCCCAGCAGAACGAACGCACGACAAACAUUGACCGCGGGUUAGGCUUUGACGAGGGCAACCAACUCCUCAAUGGUAGCAUGCCAAAAAGCACCCAGAGCCAAAUCCAUCGGUCGGCAGACCUGGGGGGCAAACAGGGGAAAGAGCCAGAGCCAGAGCUGCCUGUGCAUUCGCCCACCUCCAAACGGAAGCGGGUCAAAUUCACGACAUUCACCACCAUCCCUCCGGAUGACGGUUGUCCGACCGUCAACUCUAUCCUCAAUUACAAUGAAGAUGAUAUUAAAUGGGUUUGCCAGGAUAUGAACCUGGGGGAAACGCAAGAGAUCAGAAACUACAUGGAGAAGCUUAAAGACAAAGUGUAGCUCUGGUUGUAGGUGUUUAUGGGUCUGCAACCACACCUUGAUGCCUUCAGUUGUACUGGGACAUACCGAAUGAAGGGAUGUGUGCCAGGAAGGGAGGGAACUAAAUAGACUUGCAAACAAGACAGAUUUUAUAAUCAGGGAGAGGUAUUUCCUAAAGCUGUCUGUGGUGGGCUAUUCUCUUUCUUUACCCCCAGAUAGAAUGCUUAUGCAUUCAAAUAAGAUUCCAAAGGAAUGAAUUGGUCGAUAUGAUGAACUGGGACAAGGUGAGGUUAUGAAAUCGAUGCUGGGCUGGUGGGGGAGGGGUCAAAGACAAUUAAACACAUGGUACCAAAAGUAUUCUUUUUCUUUAAAAAAAAAGGAAAAAAUAUAAAAAGAAAACUUCUUUAUAUUUCUAAUAAAGCAUCAAAAGAACAAAACUGAAUGCCAUGAAGACACCGUGUGGAGUGCAAAUCAAGCAACGGGAGAGAGCAUGUGAUGUCUGACAGAGGAGAGAUUUGGUUCUUUGUUUUCUUUUUUGUUUUGUUGGGGAAAUGAUGGGGUCACAUGUUGAAGUUGGAGUCUACCCUGCCCCCCUCUGCCAUCCUCAAGUUUCUCCACCACUCUGCUGCUUAUGUCUUACUUUCAAAGCAAGUCAUGGGGAAGAGCUUUUUGCGGGAGUGAAGAACUUAAUCCAAUAGUUUCUCAGGAGACCAACAUUUCUCCUGAGAAACUAUUUCCUGAGAAACUAAUGAACCACAUUUUCCCCCAAAUCAGUUAUAUAUGACAAUUUUGUUGUUUAAAGAAUUGGGGGGGAUUCGUGGUGAAUGCGUAAUUUCUAGUGAUGGCUGAAAGUCUCUGUGUGCCUGGGUAUGGAGUGGAAUAUUGCCCCCUUUGUGUGCACCCUUCUGCCCCCCCCUUUUAAAAAUAGGGUGCAGGGGUCAUCUUGCUACUUUGCUGGUGUCCCACUAAUCUGCUGCCAGAGUCCGUUGCCUCCCCUUGCCUCAUGGGAGGGCCACCCUCAGGGGCAUAGGGACAAUGGAGCAAGUUGGUACAAGCAUUCAGAGGCUGCUGGGGUCUGGGGCCCUCCCUCCCUCCCAUACUCAGUCAGUAAUCAAAGUGCUUUCCACCUGGGAGUUCAGGGUGCAACCCUCUCCUGACCAUCCGAUACUUUGUCCCAGUGCUGACUGGCUGGGGACUUCUUCCCCUUCCUCGCUCCCAGUGAAACGCUGACUGGGAAGCACUGGGAGGACAGCCGAGCACCCCUCUUCCGGGCAGUGGCCACGCCUCCUGAAUCAACGUCAAAGAGAGGGGGCGUGGCCAGUGUCAGGAAUUGGGCCGCUCCACCUCACUCCCGAUUCUUCCCACUCGGCGCUUCGUUCCAGCCUGGUUGGGAGCUCCUUCCUCUCUCUCAACUGUAGAGACCAACUGAUACUCCACCGGCUGGACCGACACCCAGCCCAUAGGCCCUGCCUUGUGUUUACCCAGACAGAACAUGGAAGACCAGCCUGGAGUAUUUAUUGAUUGACUUAUUUGCUGCUGAAUGUCUUGGCUGCAUUUCUCCAAUAUGGUCAAAGUGGGGCUUAGUUUAAACAAAUUGAACCACCAAACGGCACUGAAUUAAAGCAUAGUAUUGAAACAGAUGGCUUAGCACAGCAGCGGCACCAUGGAGAUCUUGACCCAUCAAGAUGGGGCAACCGUCUGCUUGAGUAAAAUGGAUUUAGCAGCAUGGCGAGCUACAGAAAGCGUAAGAACCAUCCAAAUGGAGGGGAAGAAUAAUUUGCCCUUUCCAAAUCCAGAAAUUGUGUUGCUGGGGGAGGCGGUGCUCCUUACCUGAAACCCCGUCCCUUCAUUUGCAUGUCCCCACCUUGGGUCCUGUGUCUUGGUCACACUCGAGGGUGACAGACUCUGGGGAAACUGGCGUCAGUGAGAUCCUUACUCUCUGGUGAGGAGGUAACGGUUCUAGCCUUCAGACCUGUGUCUCCACUGUAAGUUAGGAGCAAAUCAUUUGUGACUGUCAUUAUUUAGGUCAUAAGAACAUAAGAACAGCCCUGCUGGAUCAAGCCCAAGGCCCAUCUAGUCCAGCAUCCUGUUUCCCACAGUGGCCCACCAGAUGCCUCUGGGAAACCCACAGGCAAGAGGUGAGGGCAUGCCCUCUCUCUUGCUGUUGAUUCCUUUCAACUGGUAUUCAGAGGCAUCCUGCCUCUGAGGUUGGAGGUGGCCUGUAGCCUUCAGACUAGUAGCUACUGAUAGACCUGUCCGCUGUGAACUUGUCUAAGCCUCUCUUAAAGCCAUCCAAGCUGGUGGCUAUCACCACAUCCUGUGGCACCACAUCCUGUGGCAGAGAAUUCCAUAGGUUAGUUGUGUUGUGUGAAAAAGUGCUUCCUUUUGUCAGUCCUACAGUUCCUGGCCUUCAGUUUCAUGGGAUGAUCCCCGGUUCUAGAGUUUUGUGAGAGGGAGGCUUGGAAUCUGUCCAUCACCUGGGUAAAUGGGGAAGGUACAGGCUGAGAAGCUGGCUUUGUCCCAUUUCUCAGCCUGGGGCAUCAUCCUCCGUGAUGGACAGGAGUGUGGAAAGUGGGAGAGAAGGAUUAAGGGGAUUGCAGAAAAAACUGGGAACUCUCUGUCACUCUGGCCAAACUUGAUGGGCAUUUAUCAAGCCUGUAAGAAAGGUGGCAUCCCAAUUCCUGAGGGAGUUUGGAAGUUACAUGGCUUCACAGGUAGCUGUUGUAUACCACUGGUCUACCUAGCUCAGUAUGAAGGCAACAGCCCUCCCCCAUGUUUUCCCUCCAGCAGUAUAAAGGCAGACUGCUGCUGAACAUGAGGGCUCCACUGAGUCCUUCAGGCUAAUAGGUAUGGAUACUUCUAUCCUGCUCUACAGAUGGGUUUGGCUCCCUUUUAAAGUCCUCUCAACCUGUGGCUAACCUCAUACCUUGCAAUGUAUGAAGAAGGACUUUUUUGUGUCUGUUCUGAAUUGAUUGUCCACCAGUUGCACUGGAGUUCCAGACAUAAGGGAGAACGGAGGAAAGAGAUCUCUAGCAAGCAUCUCGCCUCCAGCCUAUCCAGCAAUCUGAUCAUUUGGGGAACCUCUUUUCCCCUGCACCGUAUCCAGCUCUACAAUAUCCUUUUUGGGGAUAUAGCCACCAGAUAUUAGCUAGAUUAUUGCUUCCUGUUCCCUAAAAAUGGAGAUGGGACAGAUUUCCCAGCCUUGGGUCCUCAUGUGGUUGGACUACAACUUGGGUCCACAUGUGGUUGGACUACAACUCCCAUUAUCCCCAGCCACAUUCCCACAUUCCAUUGGGAAUGGUGGGAGUUGUCAUCCAAGAACAGCUGUGUUGUAACUGAACUCCUAGUUAAAGGCUGCUGAACUUCGGCCCUCUUGAAGAUGUUGGACUACAACUCCCAUCAUCCUUCUUUAUUAUUAUUAUUAUUAUUAUUAUUAAUUUUAUUUCUAUUCCGCCCUUCCAAAAUGGUUCAGGGCAGUUUACAUAGACAAAUAACAAACAAAUAAGAUGGCUCCCUGUUCCCAAAGGGCUCACAAUCUAAAAAGAAACAUCAGACAGACACCAGCAACAGUCACUGGAGGUCCUGUGCUGGGGGUGGAGAGGGCCAGUUACUCUCCCCCGCUAAAUAAAGAGAAUCGCCACAUUUAAAAGGUGCCUCUUUGCCCAGUUAGCAGGCUUAGCACUAAGGUUCACUGGGGCUGGGAAUGAAGGGAGUUUUGGUCCAAAAACAACAGGAGGGUGUUUUUCUGACUUCUGAGAUGAAGUUCAGAGUUCAGUCUAAAGUUCAGACGUUUAGUCUAAAGUCUAGUUCCAACCAAAGAAUUAAUACCUACAACUUCAGGAGCUUCUGAUGCCACCAGUCAUCUCGUAGUUUGCACACACUACAGCAACAAGGAAGGAAGUUCUUCCCAGACACCUCUGCUGGUACACACACACACCCCGCCCCAACUAUUAACAUUCCUGUUCCCAAAAUUCUGGAGACCACAAGGUUGGGAACCCCGAGUUUAGAUUAUAACCAGAGGAGAGCUGGUCUUGUGGCAGCAAGCAUGAAUUGUCCCCUUUGCUAAGCAGGGUCUGCCCUGGUUUGCAUUUGGAUGGGAGACUACAUGUGUGAGCACCAUAAUAUACAGAUCGGGCCACUCUUGAAUCUGAAGGUUCCAGGUUCGCUCCCUGGCAGCAUCUCAGUUAGGGCUGAGAGAGACUCCUGCCUGUAACCUUGGAGAAGCCGCUGCCAGUCUGGGUAGACAAUACUGAGACAGAUGGACCAAUGGUCUGACUCGUUAGAAGACAGCUUCUUGUGACUUCAUCCUCUUUAACAGAACUAUUCCCCAGUGCCUCAUGCUGAGGUGCUUUCUCAACGAUCCGUAUUAUGACUGGAUCUGUACAUCCCAAAGAAUCAUGUGGUACAGACCUCUUUGGUCUGUAUCAUGUCAGACGGCAGAUGUGGGAAUCACAGAUAUAAAAACUUCCCUCCAUGUUCUUUUUUUUAAUGUCACAGAAAAUAAUGUUGAAUCUUUCCUCCUCCUGACAAGCUAGUUUUCUACAAGCCGGGGAUCUUGGUGUCCACCCAGAAGAAAUGCCAUUUUGGGACAUUAGGGUGAACCCACUAUCAUAGGAACAUAGGAAGCUGUCAUAUACUGAGUAAGGCUAUUGGUCUAUCUAGCUCAGUAUUGUCUUCACGGACUGGCAGCGGCUUCUCCAAGGUUGCAGGCAGGAAUCUCUCUCAGACCUAUCUUGGAGAUGCUGCCAGGGAGGGAACUUUGAACCUUCUGAUGCUCUUCCCAGAGCGGCUCCAUCCCCUGAGGGGAAUCUCUUACAGUGCUCACACUUCUAGUCUCCCAUUCAAAUGCAACCAGGGCAGACCCUGCUUAGCUAAGAGGACAAGUCAUGCUUGCUACCAGAAGACCAGCUGUCCUGGCACUGAUUUCUUUGGUCUUUUCAAAGAGGUGAUAUUUUUGAGAAUCGUCUCAGAGUCACAAUGUCUUUGGCACGUUGUAAGUUAGUCUACAAUACAUCAUGACUUAGGCAGUCAGAGAGUCAGCAGGGUAGGAAGAACUAGGUAGGGUAGGAAGAACUGCGGGAAAUCUGGGUAGGGUACUGGGUAGGAAGAUCUGGGUAGAACUGGGUAGGGUAGAAAUCUCGGUAGAACUGGGUAGGGUAGGGUAGGAAGAACUGGGGGAAAUCAGAACUGGGGGAAAUCAAAAAUUGGCAACAGAGCAAUUUCUCGUAUCCAGAUCUGGAAGCACUAAAUGAUACCGGCCAUUGCCCAAGCUUGGCCAACCAGUGGGUUGCCUGGGUGGACAGAGCCUGGGAGGCCAUCUUAGUCUUUCAACCUGCAGUUCAGCACAGUUCACCACAAGGGGCAGCAGAGCCCAGCUUCUGGGCUUCCUGGUUUGGUUUCCACUUCCUGAUGUGAAAUGACCCCUCAGCAAGACUCUACCCUAAUUCAAGUACCCCACACGUUCCUCCAUGUCUUUGGAAAGCCAUGCCUUGUGCUGCCUGAGGAAGACACACACACACACACACCACUUUCCUUGUUCAUCAUUAUUGUUUGAGUGGUUCAUUAAGUUUGAUUUCAGCCUGGGUUUUUCUUUCUUGGUUUUCUUUCUUUCUAUGACUGCCUGGAUGCAAUGGAACCUGCCGAUAAUGUAGCUGGACUUUUUAACAAGAUUUGCCUAGUAUGCAUUGUAGACUGGAAGAAUGUAAUAUUUAUUUAUACGUGUUAUACAAAUUGUAAUUAAAAUGCUAUACAUGGCUUGA